AUGUUGGGCUUUUCUCUCUGUCACGGCAGGCUCAGGAUGGAGAACUAGCAGCCUCUGGGCACUGCAGCCUAGAACCCCCUGCCCCAGUUGCUUCUCCUGUCCCACACCCUCCAUUUGUGCUGGCUUUCAAAGGGCCAUUUUCUCCCUUCCUCCUCAUCUGGCAAAGGCAAGCAAAGGAAGAGCGCGCCCGCCUCUCAAUGCGAAGCCACACGAGGAAGAAAGGGCAGAAGGUCUCUCUCUCUCCCGAGCAGCGUGAGCCCAGCCGGGGCAGAUCCCAGCACACGCUGAGCCUGGGGGGAUUAUGAGGCAAACAUGAGCCUCCUGCAGAAGUGGGUGUUAGCAGCUUUCAUCUCCCUCGUGCCUCAGUCAGGUCGCGCUAAGGCGGAGACGCAGCCUGGUGCUUUGCAGGGGAGGUUUCCCAGCCCCAGAUGGGACACAAGGCCGGUUGCUUCAGAAAUCACCCACCCCAGCAGGUUAGUGGGGCAGAGCGCGGGAGGAGAAGUCCAGAAGCAUCAGCUGGACACCAGGGUCAGGAAUGCGCCUCGAGGAGGAGGCAGCCCUUUUGUGCACCUGGCCCAGGUGAGCUUCCUCAUUCAUGCCUUUGGCUCGGCCUUCACCUUGGACCUGGAGCUGAACCACCACCUGCUCUCCUCGCGCUACGUGGAGCGGCACUUUGGCCAGGAUGGGAACAGCGGCCACAGCCCGGGAGCGGGGGAGCACUGUUACUAUCAGGGCAAACUCCGAGGGGAGGCGAGGUCCUUGGCAGCUCUGUCCAGCUGCCGUGGUCUGCACGGUGUCUUCUCGGACGGGAGGGAUAUGUACCUGAUUGAGCCCCGCAGAGCAGCCGAGCGUUGGCAGGGGCCCCUGCCUCACCUGAUCCAGCGCAUGCCUGCUCCCCGCCCCGCCCCGGGGUGCACAGAGCCAGGCUGCCUGUUUGCUGCCCUGCGUCACCACGGCCCAGACCCCCUGCCCAGACGGCGGAGGAGGCGGCAGGUGCGGCGAGCCCAGCACACCGUGCACAGCGAGACCAAGUACAUCGAGCUGGUGGUGGUCAAUGACCAUCAGCUGUUCGAACAGAUGCGCCGGUCUGUGGUCCUCACCAGCAACUUUGCCAAGUCUGUGGUGAACCUGGCGGACAUGAUAUACAAGGAGCAGCUGAACACGCGCAUCGUGCUGGUGGCCAUGGAAACGUGGGCCUCCGAGGACAAGAUCCACGUGGGGGAGGAUUCGCUGCAGACGCUGAGCGACUUCAUGAGAUACCGGACGGAGGCGGUGCCGGAGCAGAGCGAUGCUGUUCACCUCUUCUCCGGGAGGACGUUCCAGAGCAGCCGCAGCGGGACGGCCUACGUGGGAGGGAUCUGCUCCCUCACCCGGGGUGGGGGUGUCAAUGAGCAGUAUGGGAACGUCGGCGCCAUGGCUGUGACUCUCGCUCAGACCCUCGGGCAGAACGUCGGCAUGAUGUGGAACAAGCAGCGGCGCGCCGCAGGGGACUGCCGGUGUCCAGAUUCCUGGCUGGGCUGCAUCAUGGAAGACACAGGGUAUUACCUCCCGCGCAAGUUCUCCCGUUGCAGCAUCGAGGAGUACAGUCAGUUCCUGCAGGAGGGUGGGGGCAGCUGCCUCUUUAACAAACCCCUAAAGCUGCUGGACCCCCCUGAGUGCGGCAAUGGCUUUGUGCAGGCCGGAGAGGAAUGUGACUGCGGCUCGCUUGCGGAGUGUGCAAAGGGCGGCGGCAACUGCUGCAAGAAAUGCACCCUGACCCACAAUGCCAUGUGCAGCGACGGGCUCUGCUGCAAAGGCUGCCAGUACGAGCCGCGGGGCACACCGUGUCGGGAAGCUGUCAAUGAGUGCGACAUCCCGGAGAGCUGCACUGGGGACUCCAGCCAGUGCCCACCCAACCUGCACAAGCUGGACAGCUACUUCUGCGACCACGAGCAGGGCCGGUGCUAUGGGGGCAGGUGCAAAACCAGGGACAGACAGUGCAAUGCACUCUGGGGGCGUGCGGCUGCCGACAGGUUCUGCUACGAGAAGCUGAACGUGGAAGGGACCGAGAGAGGGAACUGUGGGCGCGAGGGCCCAGCCUGGGUGCAGUGCAGCAAGCAAGACGUCCUGUGCGGCUACCUGCUGUGCACCAACAUCACGGGCGUGCCGCGGCUGGGCGAGCUCAGCGGGGAGAUCACCACGAUGACCUUCUACCACCAGAACAGAUACGUCGACUGCAGAGGUGGGCACGUCCAGCUGGUGGACGGCUCGGAUCUGAGCUACGUGGAGGACGGCACGCCCUGCGGCCCCAGCAUGCUGUGUCUUGACCACAAAUGCCUUCCCGCGGCAGCCUUCAAUUUCAGCGCCUGCCCUAGCAGCUGGGACGGGAUGAUCUGCUUUGACCAUGGGGUCUGCAGCAACGAGGGCAAGUGCAUCUGCCAGGCGGACUGGACGGGGAAGGACUGCAGUGUCUACGACCCCAUCCCGGAGCCCAGGCCCACCGGCGAAACCGAGAGAUACAAGGGUCCCAGCGGCACCAACAUCAUUAUCGGCUCCAUUGCAGGCGCCGUGCUGGUGGCGGCCAUUGUCCUGGGGGGAACUGGCUGGGGAUUUAAGAACAUCCGGAGAGGAAGGUAUGACCCGGCUCAGCCGGGGCUGGGCUAGCCCCCAUCACUCAUCUGUCACCCAUCACCAUCCCAUCCCCUCCCCUCGCUCGCCCCCGGUUGUUGGGACGCUACCGUCGCCUCCUGCUGGUUGCUGCGCCUGCCUGCCUGGAGCCUGCCGCACGGGCCAUGACCAUCGCUGCUCCUCCUCCAUGGGGCUGCGUCCCCCUCCCUGGGCGGAGGCCUGGGGGCUCUCUCGGGCCGGCGAGAGGGUGAUGGCAGGAGAGCCCUUCCACUGCCAGUGUGUCCUGGGGGCUCGGGCAGGGCCGGGCCGGAGCGGCAGGGAGCGCACGGGCAGGCAGCAGAGGUUGGGCCAUCCAGCCUGGCCCCUUGCUGCCAGCAGCACCUGACCUGCUGGGGGCACUCUGCCCAGGGGCCAGGCCCGGCUGGACCCCGCACUAGCAGCGGCUCCAGCGGUCAGCUGGCUCCCUGCCCCAAGCCGUGGCUGGCAGCUGAUGCUGUCCCUCCGUCGGCUCCCGACGCUGCGCCCCAUUCACACAGCGAGGUGCCCACGCCAGCCCUGCCCAGCGUUUGCAGGGAGCAGAGCAGCCUGCUCCUUGGGCACCCCAGGGCAGGGACUGGGUGGGUGGGUGUGGGAUCGUGCCCCUGAUGUGAACCUCCCGCCACAUCACUGUCUGUGUGUCCAUCUCGUCGCCCCCUGGGGCCCAUCUUUGUGCCUGCGUCACUCACCCUCCCUGGGGAGCUUGCUGCUGAGGGGCAGCCCGCCUGCCGCAGGGCACUGCCCCCCCCGUGGGGCGGAGGUGGGGAAGCAGGGCACUGCCCCCCCCGUGGGGCGGAGGUGGCGAAGCAGGGCACUGCCCCCCCGUGGGGCGGAGGUGGGGAAGCAGGGCACUGCCCCCCCCCGUGGGGCGGAGGUGGCGAAGCAGGGCACUGCCCCCCCCCCGUGGGGCGGAGGUGGGGAAGCAGGGUCACUAGCCUAGAGACCUGAGCUAUCCUGGGCUAGGUGUCCCCGAUGGCUGCUGUUCCUCAGGGUAGCGGGCAUUAGGGCACCCCGGGCAUGUGUGGAUGGCCCAGGGCAGGGCCAGGCCAGUGCCUCGACGCGUGUGCGCUCCAGUUGGGCUUGGGCCUGGCCAUGGCCCACGGAGCCUCUGACGCGAGGUGGCCAGUUCAAAUCCCACCCUGGCCCGUUCGCAGCAGGUUCCUGGUCUGGGCCCACGCCAGAGGCAGCGCCUGGGGCCCAUCAGGCUCUCGGGGGGCCGGGCAGUGGAGACAGCGUGCAGGUUGCGGGGGGGGCUGGCUGGCAGAAGCCAUUGAGCCAGCACCCCCACCAGCCGGCUCUUUGCACCCGGAGUGGCAGAGCCUGGGCCUGCAGCGGUGGGGCCAGGAGUGUCCCAGCCAGUGCGGGGGCAAGAGCACAGCGCCUGCCCAGCCCCCCAGCGCCGCCCUGUCCCCCCAGCUGGCGCAUUGCUCCGGCAGGUGGGCCCCAGACAUGCCCCCCCACAGUGCUCAGACAAGUCUUGGGGUUCCCAGGUGAGGCCCAAGCACCCCAGGCCUGGGUAGGCAUCCGGGCCCUGUGCGACUCCCUUGGUUUGGGAAUAACCAGCCCCUGAUGCUGUGUCUGCUCUGGUUGUUGGACCGCGCUGGGGUCACCCGCAUCUCCCGCACGCCGGUGCCAGCACUAACAUGCCCCUUGCUUCUGUGUUGCAGGUCGGGAGGGGCCUAGCCUGGCCACCCCCUUCUGGUGGCUCUCUGCUGCCCUUCCACAGGGGAGGGGAGAAAUCUCCUAAAAACCAAAUCAGCCCCAAAUAAUGAUGUGACGAGAGGGUGAACAAUCAGUGACGUCUUCCGCUGCUGCCUGGCACCUGGCGUGGCCCUGGCUGCACCUGGCGAGGCCGGGAGGGGGCCACGCAGCCUUGCACUGGAGGGACCCAGAUGGCACAGACUCUGCGUGGACCCCGCAGCCUUGUGCCCAGCUGGCCAAGUGCACUCUGUCUCCUUGACAGGCCGGCUGCCGCCCGUCCCUGCCUGAAUGUAGCUUCCACCCUCACCGCAUUGUACUAUCACCAAUGAAUGUACCCGCUCGCCGCCCCACAGACCACGGCACGCCACCCACCUGCCGCCCGUGGGCAGACACGCUCACUUUCCUGUUGCGCGGAGUCUGGGUGGCACAGCUAACAGCGGGCAAAGGAGCGCAGGGGACAGGCGAGGAGCCGGCUGGAAUGGAGUCAGAGCCACCCCGUGAUCUAGGGGCUGCCUGGGCUCCCAUCCUUCGCGUGGCCUGGCCUCAGUGCGUCUCCACCAUGACCCAUUGCCCGCCCCAGCUGCUGGGGGCUUGGUGCCCGGCCGUGCCGCUGGGGCUGGGAUUCUGCCAGGGAUAUUUUUUAAUGCAAAGCAACACAAUGAAUGUAGCCGGGGGGCAGCAUGGAGCUGGGUGUUUGCUGGGGGCGGCAGGGAGAGGGUUUGGACAUUGGUCUCACGUCGCCCGCUCACCCCACCCAACGGCUGCAAACCAGUGGGGAGGCGAAGAUACCGCCUGUGCCUGGCCUCCAGCUCAAACCUGCCCAGCCCCAUCAACUCCGGGGUCUGCUCCCAUGGGCGCCCAGCGCCUCCCCUUCCCCCCAGGAACAGGGACCAAGCCCACAGGCAAACCAAACCCAAACUGCCAUGGAGAGCCCAGGUGGGGUGGGCACGGUGUGAAUGGCCCAGCAUCUGCGCCGGUAAGCGCCAAAGCUGCUCUCGCACCAACACACACUGGGCCAAUCCCAGCGAUCCCCUCCCCCACCUCGUCUCUCCAACUCCUGGGCCCAACCCGGCUACACCACUGCCGACAAACUGCCACCGGCCACAACCAGCCCUGGGCUGACAGCCCGUGCUCUGCACCGCUGGGUUCCUCUGGCCCGUCCACCACUACAUCCCACCCUCUCUCAGGCUCCUGUGCCCGACUGAGUCAGGACUCCUGGGUUCUCAGCCAGUGACUCACUGUGCAGCCUCAGGCAAAUCGCUUCCCCGUCCCAUGCCUCAGUUUCCCCAUCUGACGCAUAGGUGUGGUGCUGCUGUGCUGGCUCUGCCUGUCCCUGCCCGGGGCCCUCUCUCCAUUACAGUCAUUCCUCUGAAUGCAAGCGCCCACCGCUUCAGCCCCUGCGCCUGGCAGGGAGCAGUGAGGCUGGAGGCCCAGCCAGGCUCCCCAUCCCACGCCCUGCAGGCACAGCUCUUUCCAGGCCAGGGAUGGCCUGUGCGGGCGGGGCCCUGGCAUUGCAGGCUGUGAGGCUAGCAGUGAAUCAGGCCGGGGCGGGGGGACAUCAGCCAGGGAUGAGCUUCUGCUGCUAGGGCCGGGAACCUGCCUCCUCCCUGCUCCCUCUGGGAGAAAAUGCCAGACAGUGACUUGCCUCCUGAGCAGGUCCAUGGGCAGCCAACACCUCCAGGGCCCCUUGGAGCCAGUGUUCCCCCAGCCCAGCCAGGCCCUUCCCAGCCGCUGCGCCACUGCUCUGGCCACAGGAGAACCGGCCCAGCAGGGGCCACUGGAGCAGCCCUGGGAAGUUCCUCGCCCUCACUGGCCCUUGGAACGGGGCUUGUUGGCUUGGCAAGUGGAGUCUGGUGGGGUUUCCAGCCCCAGGAUGCGGCUGGUGGCUUUGGGUAGAAUAACCAGAUAAUAGCCGAGGAGGGCUGUGACCCCAUGCAGCAGGGCUGACCAUUCCCCAGAGCCCUGGCCAGCCCCACCAGCCCAAACCUCCCCCUUCACACGCUCCACAGCCUGUGCUGGCCUCACCUGCGUAAGGGCUCGAGCUGCCUUUGCUGGCCCCCAAAGGCCGAGCUCUGCCGCAGAAGGGGCCUUCGCCUGGGCGGGUGAGCGAGGGGCUCACACAGUGACAGCUGGGGCUGCGGCAGGGGGCAGAUGCUGCCAACCACUGAUGGCCCUUUGGCCUGGGGCAGCCUGGCCCUAGUAAAAGCCAGGCCUCCUCCCAGCUGGACAGGGUCUGGGGGAGGGGGUUGCUCGUGAGUUGGUUCUAGCUGGCAGGGCACCCUGCUCUCCGUGGCGGGCAUUGCUUGGACUGGGGAGGUUUUACUUACAGCAUUAAAAAAAAUCACUUUG